GAAGCUCUCGCGCCGCCGUCGCGCCACCUGUUUUUACACUCGCCGCGAAAUAUACCUAUACGUGUGUUUAUAUUACGCUCUCUCACUCUCCCCGAGGUACACACGCGAUCUCUCUCUCUCUCUCUCUCUCUCUUUCUCUCUCUCUCUCUAUCUCUCUCUCUUUCUUUCUCUCUUUACCUGUUGACCCCGCAACGUUGCUGCUGCUCUCGGCGCGUACUACCACUUACUUUUUUCUUCGCGUCCAUAGCCCAGAUAUAAGCACUUAUCAAUUGCGUUUGUCACUUAAACGAGGAGACGCACAAAUCGACGUCUUGGUCUCGGACACAGGACGUUAUUACGUUAUCAAACAGAGUCGAAAAAUUCAGAUAAUGAUGGGUCGCUUCCCGCUCGCCAGGCGUCUCAGCUUGCAGCCGUCGUCGAUGAGGAACAACUCCGAGGAUGGAUCUCAUAGGCACUCGAGGGGCAGCAGACACGGCGAGACGAUAAACGGCGGAAAACCUAUAAAAGUGAUUGUCUUGGGUGUUUCCAAAGUUGGGAAAACCGCGCUGAUCCAUCAGUUCCUCUACAAGGAGAUACCCGACAGAUACAAAGCCACAGUGGACGACACACACCCGGCAACAUUCAAUGCGCCGCGCGGCAAGAAAAUUGAAUUCGACAUAUUGGACACAUCGGGCUCGCUUGAAUUCCCAGCGAUGUUGGACGUCUCGAUCAAGCAAUCCGACGGCUUUGUGCUUGUCUAUGACGCCAGCAAUCCCAGCACCUUCAAGAAGGUCGAAGAGCUGCGCGAACAAGUCGUACGCACCAAAACUAAGGCACCUAUUGUCGUCGUCGCCAACAAGAUCGACCUGUGCGAUGACAAAGAUAUGGAGGAGAUAAAAGUCAAUCGCGAGCUGGUGACGCAGCAAUGGGAGCACGGCUUCGCCGAGGCCUCGGCUAAGGACAACACGAGCACGACGAACGUGUUCCAGGAGCUGCUGAAGCAAGCGAACAUCGAGUACAAUCUCGAGCUGGCGUUCAAUAAGCGACGCCAAUCGCUCCCGCCGCACCGAGCCAGCAUCCAAGCCUCCCUGUCGCCAGCGCAACUGCAGCAUCUUCAGCAGAUUCGCGAAAACUCCGACCGAGGAUCCGAUAAAGGACGCAACUCGUGCAGCGUCUCGUAAAUCUUGUAUUGUCUCUUGUAAUACAAGUAACCACGUGCAAACUUGAUUCCUACUUGGACCAAUCGAGUUUCCAAGUGGUCCGCUACUAGCUUCGCUCUCGAGAACAUUCAUUCAACGCCACAGCUGUUGUUCUUCUCCUGUGGCGAUCGUUUCUUAAAAAAAAAAUUAAAAAACAAAAAACACCUUGUCCAUAUAAUCUCUAAUAAACUGUACGUUACUUAUUAUUGGAUUAUGACCUCUACAUAAACUUUCUGAAGAUUGUUCAAUGGGUAAUACUGAGGAAGAGAUAAGAUUAUUUUAUUUUUACUUGCAUCGUACGUGUACUCUCUCAUAAGGGAAGGCAGAGAGGUUGUCAGUCACCAAUUUUUCUUUAAACUUUGCAUAUGUGUAGAGUAUCAAAAAUAUUCGACACGUUUUUUUUUAAUGAUCCAUACAGUUAUAUAGAGGAUAAAAACAGAAUUGCCAAUUAUAUAUACUUACAUUUAAGUGCCUAAUUCAAAUGAUCUUGCUGAAAGAAGAUAUUUAAACAAUUCAAAAUUUAUUUUGAAGGGAAAGGCUCAUACUUUAAAGUGCAAUGAUUAAUUUUACCGAAAAAAAUAUUAAGUUAUGAUGUUAUAUAACCUCAAAUAUGUGAAAAAUUGCGUUUUUUGUACUUUUAGUUUUAUAUGUAAGGAAUUUCGAAUUUUUAAAACCUUUGCAGAGUUUCUCUCGUUAUUUGUUCUAAUUAUAGUAUUCUUUCAAAUUGAAAAAUCAGUUUUUGAAUCCGAAUUUCAAAAUAGGCCCUUGUAAAUUUCAAAUGUUAACUUUCGUUAACAUUGUGUUUUGUUAACAUUUUGUUAUUUAUCGCAGAUCCGAAUUCUGGGGAAAAUCACACAUCCGAAUAUGAUAUUCAAUUCUAAAGAAAAAAUAUGCAUUUCUGAAAAAAUUUCUUCCAGAAAUUUCACAUUUGAUCAUAAAUUUAUUUAUUUAUUUCUCUUGAUAGUUACAUUCAUAUACAUCUUAACAUACGUCAGAUACAACUAUUUAUUUAUCUUAUACAUAUAUUUGUUAUUUUUAAGAAUUGUUUUAUAUAACUAUGGUAUAUAAUUCUUACAAUAAUAAUAUUCUGUAAAGAAAUAAUUUAUGCACAACUUUUUUACAACUACAAAUUAUAAUUGCAUUGUAGUUUUCGUAGUUACAUAGAGGUUCUUUUUAUAUGGUAAAGGAAAAUUCAACAGAAUUAUCAAAUUUUGGAAGUCCAUCAAUAUAACUACUUUAGAACUAUGAAUACUGAAAGUAUUCUGAUACCUCAGAGGAUAUAACUGAUUAUGUACGAAGAUUGCAUUUUUAUGAUAAAAUUUCUUGAAUAUUGUAUUCCAUUGAAACAAUAAUAUAUCGUUUUUUUACAAAAUUCUUCUUGAAACAAAAACCAUAAACACACAUCUAGAAGCUGAAUAUUACCUGUCGCACCAGGUAGUAUUGUCAUUAUCUUUAAACUUGUUCUGGUACAACUUCUAGUACGGUAUUAUUGUAUUGCCUACUCCACGAAUCUAAAAGUAAGACCGAUGAAUUUCCAGUGUUUUUAAAAAUACUUUUUGCAUUCACAUCUAAAAUAGUUCUUUCGAAAAGUAUCCAGAUUUCAGAUGUAGAAAUUGGUAUUAUUACAUUUUCUGGUAAAAAUUAAAGUGAAAGCAAAUUAUCCUCUGCUAAUAUAACAGGUUGAAUAGUGUAACUGACUUUUGAACAAACCGAUCAAAACUGACUUUUCAAUUUGAAAAAAGGAAAAAAAAAUGACAAAAAAAAUACUGUAAACGUUUUGAAAAUUCGAAAUUCGUUACAUAGAAAAGUGCAAAAAACACAAAUAUUACACAUAUUUUAGAUUAUGGAAAAUCAUAAGAUAAUCUUUUUCGGUAAAACUUAUCAAUGCAUCCUAAAGUAUAAGCCUUUUCCUUCAAAAUAAAUUUUGAAUCGUUCAAAUAUCUUUUUUUCACCAAGACAUGAUAAUUGGAAAUUAACGUCUCAGCAACUUAGGCACUCAAAUGCAGAGUAAUUAUACAUAAUUGACAACCCAGUUUUCAUCCCCUAAAUCACCAUACGGAGAGCUAAAAAUAACAAAUGUCCAAUAUUUUUAAUAAUCUACACGUAUGAGAAGUUUAAAGAAAAUCGGUGAUAGAUACCUCCCUGCCUUUCCUUGUCAGUUGCCCGUAAAAAACUGUCGUUCAUGUGUACAACCCCAUUUGUUGGUUUCUCGUCCUCCGCAACAAAACCUCGCUAUCCAGCAGCUUUCUUUUCAGUCUAUGUAGAAUAAAGAAAGAUACAUAAAAUGUGAGUCAAUAUGUAACCUAAACAUGUACAACUCUCAAAUAAUUUACUCCAAAAACGAAAAUGUCCUUGUAAUAAGUAUUUGUAGACUAAUCAACAGGUAUAAUGGAUGUCCGGCCCAAAGUUUAGAAAACAUUUUCAAUUUUCCGUUUAGAUAGACUUGACAGACAAUUAUAUAAUAAACUUCAUAAAAAAAUAUGAACAAUAAAGGCAUUUCAGACGUCGAACAUUUUUGUCACAACUCUGUGUUCUACCUGUGUACACUAAUACACGAAUUACAUGAAAAGAAAAAUAAAUUUUCAACUCAUAUUUCCUAAUACUUUUAAGCACAACAUCUUAACGUUAUGUAAAAUUCAUUUAAUUUUAUAAUGAAUAAUAAAAAUGUGACACAUAAACAAUAAUUAUUAUUGUUUCUGUGACUGACAAGUUAAAAAAACUAAAAUCUAACAGGUUCUGUCAGAUAAGAGUCGCACUGUACUAAUAUAUUUAAAUCUUAGUUUCCACUUUAAUUAUUGUAGUUAUAAUGAAUACGUUAUUUCAAAAGCGUAACAUCAAAACAUACCGUACCUAUUUUAUUGGAUUAUAGUAGUUAUUGUUAUAUUCAUUAACGAAAAUAAACAACCAAAAUUUCCUUCUUCAGUAAAAUAACAUGAGAAUUUGUAAUAAAAGACUGAAAAAAUACACCAUACCCAGUGUGACAAGAGAACAAUUUAAUUGUUCUGUAUUUCUCAUAAAAAAAUACAUUAUAUAAUUUAAACUAAUGCAACAUUCUACAACACGAUAUGGAAAAUGUAAUAAUACAACAACAAAAAAUACCUAACGUUUUUUGCUUGGCGAUGAUUUAUCGAUCAAGUCAAACAAUAGAAGCAUGUAAACGAACACGUGUGCAAUCAAUGAAACAUAAGUUUUCAGCGGGUUAUCUUUUAUUUUACCAAAAAAACGAUCAGUUUAUUGCUUACAUUGACCUGUAUCAAGUUGCGAUUAUUCUUUACAAUUCCGCUUGAUCUAGCGAAGAAUUGUUUUGAAAUCAAAAAUGCAACAUGCAUUAUAAUCACGCAUAUAAUAAUUAUUUUUAUCAGAAAAGAAAGGUUAAAACUAAGUUAUUAUUAUUACAAAUUCUACUACGAAUAAAAUAUAAUAAAGUUGUACGGGUAGUUUAAUAUAACGACAUGCAUGUAUGAAAAACAGAAGUUACUAUAAUAACUUAAAAUAAAAUUAUUCUGUUUCUUAUCAAUAAAUCAAAGUAUUCGAAGUAAACUAGUGUGUUUAAAGACAUACUAGAAGUUUUUAUUCGACAAAUUUCUGUUGACAAACUUGUUCUCAAUUUACGUUGCAAAAAUGAUAUGAAUAAUCGCUAUAAAUUAAUAGAAUACAUCAUUAAUAUGAAUGAAUAACUUUCUCACAAAUCAUAUAAAACAUCAUUUUUCUGAUGGUAUUUCGUAAAUAAUUAAUAUUCUAAUUAUAUUUGAAAGAGAAUAAUAGCAAAUAAAUCCUAAUCUACAAGAAGCUGGACUUCUACGACCGCCCUAAUCUAAAAGAGCUAAUUAUAUUUUUCAAGUGAAAAAAUUGAAAAGUAUUACGCUUUAAAAACUUCUCCGAUUAGCUAGCUGAUAUCUAAAACUUAAAUCAAACAGUGUGCAUACAAGUAAUUAUCAAAAUAUCUGUGAAUCGUUAAAGUAUUCUCACUAAAAGUAGGGCCUAAUGGCGUCAGAUUGUGAUUGCAAAAAAAAUUAUCUGUAAGAAUUUUAAGCAAAGAAGAAAAAGAAAAAGAAGAUGAUGACAAAGAAAAAGUACCUACUUUGUAAUUGUUUUUCCAUUAAAUAUAAUCCGGCGAAGAAGAACAGAUUUAAGAGCGGACAACUUUAUGCAAUUGUAUUUUCUACGAAAGCAAAAUUCAAAAUUUUUUCAGAGUGCUAUUAAUUAUGCGUAUACUACUUAAAAUUAAUGUAAAUACUAUGGUGAAUAUAUUAAGAUUCUAAUAAACGUAUAUAUAAUAUAUAGAGAGUAAAAUUCUAAAAGUGUAUAAUUUUAUUUUUAGCACAUCAGAUAUUUCUACAUGAAGUAUAUAAGCUAUAAUCACAAGUUAAAAAUUACACCAAUUAAUGCGAUAAACUGUAGUAUAAAAAUUUUAUAAACUGGAUUAAUGAAUUAACUUUUAUUUUUAUUUUCUCACGAUCAACUCAAAUACUUAUAAAAAUAGCAAUGGCAUUAUAAAGGAUCUAAUAAAGCUUUCACUUUUAUUCUUAUAAAAUAAAAUGUAAUUGUAAACCAAAUUUAAUGAUAACCACAAAUUAUCUUAUAGAGUAGUUACGUGAAAUUUCUAUGUAGCUCUAAACUUACAUGAGUUGCGUUGAGUUCAAUUAAAUCUGAUUUUUGGAUGUAAAGUCUCAACAUGGCGCGUCAGUAAGUUUUCAAAUGAGAAAAAAAAUCAAGUGUAAAAAGGCCUUAGUACGUGAUAGAAACUCUCUAUAGCAACUUAGGAUUUUCGCAGUUUCUGUAUAAUCUUUCAUAAAUACCUAUAUAAUCGAUACGAUGAUUGUAAUAUUGUGUGUACGUGUCUUGUACAUAUAAGAAACAAAUUGAUCAUAUUUCUUUAUAAUAUAAAAAAUUAAAAAUAUAAAAGAUUAUUCAAAUAUCUCUCCAUUUACGCAAUUGACAUUUUAUGCUAUACAAGUAUGCUCUGUUGAACUUCAAUUACACCAACCAAGGAAACUUUAUUAAUUGUUAUAAAAGUAUAUGACCGUUAUUAACUUUAUCAUAGAAAUUUUUUUAUUAUUAUAUGAUUUAUUAUUAUGUAAGAAAAUUUAACGUACCUAAAAAAAAUAUGCGAUCAUACGAAUACCUGUAUGUAUGGACAAUUUUGUAAUUAAAAUUUAAAUUAAAAUAUUUACAUUAUAAAAUAAUUAAAUUGACAAUUUAAAAAUUGUGUUGGAUUGUUUACUCCAAAAUGCAGUAUUUGUAUUAAAAAAACUUAAUAAAGCAUGA